AUGGGCUGGGAAGUGGCGCUGGAUGCAUCAGAGCACAAGACUGGCUUGUCGGAAGGAAUUAGUGCAGGAAGUAAUAGCCUUCUGUGUAAGAAGGUGGGCUACAGGGAGGUCAUUAUCUGCUCUUGGUGGCUUCCAAUAGAAAAUGUUUUAGUUCUGAAGAGUGAGACUUUUAUGAAUGGAGCUCCAAAAACGUUCACCUCUGUCUCCAGCCAAGAUGUUCAGUACUCAGUGGCUGUGUGUUUGGACACAGAGCAACUGUCCCAUGUGAACAUGGGAGUUUCUCUUAAUCUUGCAGCUGAUUGCAAUGCUGUUCUUAAAGCUCUACAGCCCAUUUUUCAGGAGCAGGGAAUGACAGAAACAGUUCAUAACUGGGAAGACCAUGGUUAUUUAGCAACCUACAUCAAAAAAAAUGGCAGCUUUGCCAAUUUGAGAAUUUAUCCUCAUGGGCUAGUGUUGCUGGAUCUGCAGAGCUACAACGAUCAUGCAAAAGGAAGAGAAGAGACUGAUCAGCUUCUAAACAAAGUGGAAGAAAGAAUGAAAGAACUGUUUCAUGGUAAUAUAAAAAAAGUGAAGCGAUUGCCAGCCAUUUUGAGAGGAGGCACCAUCGAUAGAUACUGGCCCACAGCGGAUGGACGCUUGGUAGAGUAUGACAUAGAUGAGGUUGUUUAUGAUGAAGAUUCACCAUAUCAGAAUAUUAAGAUUCUGCAUUCAAAACAGUUUGGGAAUAUACUUAUCCUCAGUGGGGAUGUUAAUUUGGCAGAGAGUGACCUGGCAUAUACUCGAGCCAUAAUGGGCAGUGGAAAAGAAGACUACACUGGGAAAGAAGUGCUGAUCCUUGGAGGUGGUGAUGGGGGUAUACUGUAUGAGAUAGUCAAACUGAAGCCAAAGAUGGUCACUAUGGUAGAGAUUGACCAAAUGGUGAUUGACGGGUGUAAAAAAUACAUGCGUAAAACAUGUGGAGAUAUCUUAGACAAUCUGAAAGGAGAAUGCUAUCAGGUCCUAAUUGAAGACUGUAUUCCCGUAUUGAAGAGGUAUGCCAAAGAAGGAAGAAUGUUUGAUUAUGUAAUUAAUGAUCUGACAGCUGUUCCAAUCUCCACAUCUCCAGAAGAAGAUUCCACGUGGGAGUUUCUGCGAUUGAUUCUUGAUCUCUCGAUGAAAGUCUUGAAACAAGAUGGAAAAUAUUUCACACAGGGAAACUGUAUCAAUCUGACUGAUGCCUUGACUCAGUAUGAAGAACAGCUCAGCAGACUCUAUUGUCCUGUGGAAUUUUCAAAAGAAAUCGUAUGCGUUCCCUCCUACAUGGAACUAUGGGUAUUCUACACAAUUUGGAAGAAACAUGUGGAAGCCUGAACAUCAAGGUUAUUCAAGAUUAUCCGAAGCGUACAUGCUGCAUGGAGCAUAUAGGCCUGCCACGUGCUGCAUAUUGGCAUCUUGAAACUUUAAAUUAUAUGCUGUAGAUGAUCCUGAAACUUAGUCAUGCUAUUGAUUGUGAAUUCUUUAAAUGUUUUUUAUUAUUAUUUUAAUUUAAAAGGAAAUGGAAAAUGUAUAUUUUGAUGAGCUAGGGUGUUAUUUUUGAAAGUCAACGUAAAGAUGAAUAAGCAGCAAAACUCUAUAGCUGCUGAAUGCACUGAACCUUUAGAAUGUGAUCCUUUUUAUUUUUUGUAGAACUUCACAAACUGAUUGAUUAAAAACCAACAUCUUUAGCAUUUCAUCCCUGAGGGUGGUCCAUGGAGUUUUUGUUUUCUGUUUUGUUUUCCCAUCAGAUUUCUAAUUAUGGUGCUUUUUAAGGGUAGAAGAGUGGUUCUUUUUUUGUUUAUAAUUUGAAAUUGAACAUUGCAGUGCUUCCAUAUAGAAAAGAAGGGCAUAACUUAAACGGGGGGAGAAGGAAUCCUGUGAAAGGAUACCCAAAAUCCUACACUUAAAAGGGAAGAAAGCUAAUCUUGAAUUUUGUUAGUUUACUUACUCUAGUUUCAUUCAUCAUACUGUUGUGAUCUCUGCUGCAGCAAACAAGUCUCUGACCAUUUUCCUCAUGGUGUUCUUUAGCAGAUAUAUUGGUAUUUGGGGUUUAAUAUGAAUUAAACAGUAAGCUUAUAGAGGAACUUUGAACUCCAGCAGUAUGAAAAUGAAUACUCAUUAUUUUCAUCCUGCCAUAAAGCAAGAAACAGUGUAAUGAGGUUUCUGUGGUCAUAUAAUCCUCAGCUUUAUGGGAAGCAUUAGGUUCUUGAAGAAUGAAAAGUCAUUUGGGAAGGAAGACUAGAUGUGAUCUAGAUUCAUAUGCAGCGUUGCUUCAGUGAUUUGGAGCAAAUACGUAUAAUUCAUUAGGGCAAGUCCUGGUUCUGUUGUUGCAAGCUGACAAUGUUGUGUGGGGCUUUUGCUCUCCUACAUUCACUUGCACGUUACAACUCACUGGAAGAUAGGUUGCGUUGUAGGUUUUGUUCUGAAAGAUGAAACAUUUUUCUUUAACUGUUAUUCAUGUUGUCUGAAAAGUUCUAUUUUUGUAAGAAGUGCUGUUUACUAACUAAAACUCUGCUUUAGUGUUCAGGAGAUUCCGCUUGAGAGGAGGCCAAAAAAUAUACCCUUUCUGUACAUUUCCAAGAUAGAAUAAAAAGUGUACUACUUCACUCAACACUCUAAUCUUGAACCAAAAUGAUACUCUUGACGAGAACAAAUAAAAAUGCACACCCAGGGUCUGUAUUGUUAAGUAAUGAAUAAAGAACAAUUUUACUGUAUCCCACAUAUAAACUAAUGAUGAAAUCUGAGUAGGUCAUUUAGAAUUUGAGUGAUGUUGAAAGACUUCCAAAAAUUUGCUCUGCAUUUGAUGUGUAAUUAUUUUUGCAUGUACAGUUGUGCUGUUAAAGUGCAUUCAAUUUGGAGCACUAGGAGAAUAACUCUCCAUUCUUACUAUUUUAAGUGAUUGCAGUCAGUGUUAAUUCUUCAGUAUACAUUGGGCCCUGUUGUUCCAUGGCCUACAGCCUGUGUAUCCAUUACUGAUUCAAAGAGCCUCCCUCUUCAGCAAGAGAAGUCUUGUGUUUCCCCAAGUGUUUUAGUUGUAUCUAUGCCAGAAAAUACCUUGAAACUAUUGCCUAUAGCCUAUUAGCAACUGCUCAUUUAUGAUAUGGGACUGCAAACAAUAUAUUGUAUAGAGUGCAAAUUAAUGCACAUGUCCUGUAGACAAUUGUAUGUAUCCUUAACUUUGUGUACAUGAAAACUCCCAUUAAUUCUGUG